AUGGAACCCGCGAAAAUCGAUUGGAAGAGAGUAGAGUGGAACUUCAUGGAAGACGAACUCUACGAGCACAUCAACGCACCAAAGUGGUUUGACUUCUUGUCCCCUGCUAAGUCCCUCCAUGAUCAUGAUGAUGAAGCCUGGUUUUGCAAACCUGAUUGCAAACAUCCCAAGACAGCAGAGGAUUUUCUCAGAUCAACAACUCCUUCCAAGGAUUUUAGCCCGGCUUAUGUUUCAGAAAAUUUUCCAUAUAGUCACCAAAAUAGAAGAGAUGCUAAAAUCAAGAGAAGGGUGCCCGCCCUAUCAUCAGCUUCUCCCCAAGAUGAUACAUCCAGAUUCAACCAAGAUAGUGAAAACCAUAACCCGAAUCUGUUUACUCCCCCAAUUAAACCAUUACAGCCCAUUAAGGAAGCAAUCAAGUCUAGUGAAGAGAAGAAGAGACUAGUUGAUGACAAUUUCCAUGACAACAAGGUGCCUUCAUUGAGAUCAACUCUCUCCACGAAGAAUUUGUUUGCUGGACGGCCUAUUCUGAAUCAAAUCACAGAAUUUUGCAAUGAAUUGAAGAGAAUGGCAACAAGACCAAGGGAGAGAGAUAAUGCUGAAAAUUUGAGCCCCAUAGAGAGUGAAGCUGUUAUGGAGAAGACCCCACAUAGUCUUGUUCAAGCUUUGGCAGAGUCACAUAGAAGAGAGAAAGAAAGGAAGCCACUGCUUGUAGUGUGUAAGGCUGAAAGAUUGGAAGACAUGUGUGUUAAAGGGAAGCAACAGAGAAAGAACAGAAGACCUGACGAAGCAGAAAACAUGCCUAUGACUCUUGACUUGGAGAAUCUAAGACACAAAAGGGAUGAGAGCUUACAACAAAUUCGAACAAAUCCUCCCUCUCCUCAAUGCUUCUCUGCCACACGUGGACUCAAUAAAAUCACUCCUUCAAAGGCUUCUUCCAAAUCCCAGCUAAUGGAGAGAGCAAUACUUGAAGAAGUUGAGCAAAACAAGGAAAUAGUAAAGGAGUCUUGUGCAGACAACAGCAGAAGCAUUGCAAUAGUUGAUGGAAGAGAAACAAAAGCCUUGGACAUGUUUUGGUUCUUAAAACCUUGCACGCUGUAAGGCUGAAUUCAUUAAAAUCUUGUGCAGACAACAGCAGAAGCAUUGCAAUAGUUGAUGGAAGAGAAACAAAAGCCUUGGACAUGUUUUGGUUCUUAAAACCUUGCACGCUGUAAGGCUGAAUUCAUUAAAAUCUUGGGGGAAAGCACCAUAAAAUUCAUUCUUUCAUUUGUUUUCGUAUUUCCUUGAAGUUCAAAUAAAACAGAACUGUUUUAUUUAG